AUGUCCAAAUUCCUCAUCUCCAGCGAAGUGGCGGAGCUGCUUCCGCGCAUGCAGGUGGUCGUCGUCAGCGUCAAGGGUCUCGACAACAGCGGUGGGAAGCCCAACGUAGCUGCACACGUCCAGCACGUGGUCGACAAGACAGUCGAGCACUUCGCCUCCCGCAAGUACGCCAACGCGCAGUCACAUCCGCGCAUCGCCCUGUACCGCAACACGCUCAAGGAUGUCGCCAAUGUCUCCACCAAGAAGUACCCCCAGUCCAACGAGAGCCUGGUCAAGCGCGUGCUGAAGGAAAAGGCGGCGCCUCGACCCAUCUCCCCCGCUGUGGACUUCUACAACGCCGUCAGCAUCGAGCAUGCCGUGACCGCAGGCGCCUUCGACCUAGACGAGCUCAAGGCCAAGCCGGAGCCUCUGGAACUACGGGUGUCCAAGGUCGAGCAGGACACCUUCGUCCCUCUUGAUGCUCCCCGGGCAGAACCUGGCAAGGUUGAUGUGAAGGAGAUCCUGUAUGCGCAGGGAUCUACGGUGCUGACGCGGCAUAUGGCCUGGAGGCAGAGUGCCCAGGCUCUGGUCACGCGCGAGAGCAAUAACAUCAUGUUCAUGAGUGAGGUAUUCAACGAGGGUGCGGUUGGGGGCGAGCCGUCGGAGCUAGCCGUGUCUGUUGCCACCAGCUUGCAGAAAGGCUUGAAGGAGCUGCUCGGCGUGGACAGCACUGUGGAGUUUCUGGGCCUGAGCCUUGGUAAACUCGAGAUCGAGCUGUAG